AUGAAGUUCGAUCCCGAUAUCAUUCUCAAUGCGACGCAGUCGGCUGUCUUCCUGAGCGAAAGAGACGUCGCCGGCCAGAUCCCGCUGAAUUUUGUCACCACCUCAUCCGUCUCGCUGCGCGCAGCAUGCUUCAGCAACAAUAUCUAUGACGAAGAUGCGGCGGGGCGAUGCAUCUCGAACCUACUCACGGUCGGAUAUCGUCGCUUGAUCGUGGACUUGUACUGGUCCCCCGACGAACGCAAAUGGCUGCUUUGCCCGGUCUCGAUACCAGAGGACGCGACGGUCGUCAGUGUCUCCGGCACCGCGACCGAAACUGCGACCGCGACCGCGACAAAUGCCGCGCAGGCGACUGUCACCGCGACGGCUAGUUCCUCGGGGUCGCUGCUCUACGAGCUCGGCUCCUACCGGUGCACCACCAAGGUCGACCUCGACGGGCUGAUCGACGUGCUCCGGGGCCUGUUCCAGCGCACCAGCACCGAGCUGACCGCAUACAUCCGCUUCGUCACAUUCAACCUGCACACUGCCGCCAGCGCCGCGCACCCGGACGAAGCCGCCUCGGAGCUGACCGGCGGCCAACUGCCCACGGGCUCGGACACGCUCAACUCCAUCUUCGACGACCAGCUCUCCUCGUACGUCUACACUCCGUCGGAGCUCGCCUCGGAGCGCGCCAACCUCAACGAAUCCUGGUACGAGGUGGACGACAGCUACAAGCCGAUCACGGAUUACUUCACCGUGGACUCAGACGCCAACGGCAUCCAGAGCACGCCGGACGGGUGGCCGUGCGGGAAGUUCGUGCAGCUGGCGCGCGAGAAGCGACUGCUAGUGGAAUACGGCACCGUCGACCCGCAGCUGCAGGGGUACGACCUGUCCGCGGCGCACAGCCUGAUCUUCCCGGCGCAUUACCUGUCCUCGACGAUCUCCAUCUCCGUCGACGCGGCGGGCCAGCUCGACUCGACUUGCUACUACGUGCCGGGCGCCACCGGCAUCGCGGACGCCAACUCCUCCUGGGCGAUCUCCGACUACAUCCCGGUCCCGACCGGACAGUCGCGCAAUGCCACCAUCCAGGAGAUGUCGGCUGUUUCGGUCAACCUGACGGCGUGCGGCCUGACCCCGUCGCUGAACGACACGCUCUUCAACACCACCGCCGCAGACAGCAUCACCCCCUACGAGCAGCUCUCCAUGGCCACCUCCUGGGCCUGGUCCAUCCACCAACCCGCCGACACCUCAACGUCAUCCUCAGACUCCGACUCAGACACCUCCGCAAACAACCACUGCGCCGUCAUGGACCUGAGCCUAGCAGGACACUGGCGCGCCGUCAACUGCACCCUCACGCGCUACGCCGCCUGCCGCGUCAGCUCUGCCCCCUUCACGUGGCGCCUGUCCGCGACGGCGCACUCCUUCGCCGACGCCUAUAACCACGCCUGCCCGCCCAACACCUCGCUCUCCAUCCCGCGCACCGGCGUCGAGAACUCCUUCCUGUACCACUACCUCCUCACGCAGUCCAACGUCCUCAACCCCACGGCCACGGCCGCCAACAAAAGAGAAGUCUGGCUGGAUCUCAACUCCCUCGACGUCACCUCCUGCUGGGUGACGGGCGGGCCCGACGCGGGGUGUCCGUACGCAGCCGACCCGGGCGAGCUGGAGCGCCGCACCGUGCUCGUGGCCGCCAUCGCCGGCAUCGUCAUCUGCAUCAUCGCCGCCUUGACCCUGUUCGUGAAAUGCAACGCGAACCGCCGCAAUUCCCGCCGGAACAAGCGCGUCAUCAAAGGGUGGGAGUAUGAGGGCGUUCCUUCUUGA